CGCACGAGUCGGCACCAAAAGAUGAAUAUCCUCAUGUAUCGAGCUACAUGUCGAGCCCACCUGGACGACAUGAGUGUGACGCACAGAGAUAGUUGAUAAACGCUAACAACAUGUUGACGGCACCGUGACUCGCGGAGCUGUCAGUCCGAAAUAAACCCGGUUCAGACGGGCACAACCAGCACGACAGAGACGGCGGAGAGUCACAUUAACACGACACGCGUUCAAACGAACAAACAUUCACGUCUCUGUAAAUGAAGGCGAACAGUUUCCUCUCUGUGGCUCGAGUUAAUUCGCUGUUCGGCUAGACUCGCUAACCUAGCUAACGUGAGCUCGCGGCUAACGCUAGCUAGGUUAGCGAGUCUAGCUAACGCGAGCUCGCGGCUAACGCUAGCUAGGUUAGCGAGUCUAGCUAACGUUAGCUCGCGGCUAACUCCACAUCCGUCCGCGUCGACGACGGCGACCCUGUGCUUCUUCAUGAACAACAACAACAACAACAACAACAACAACAACAACAACAACAACCAAACAAUACACGUCUCACCCUCGGAGUCUGUGAACAGCACAGCCUGGAUGACCGCGGCGGCUAACGAAAUCCGUAGACUGUCGGGCCGCUGACAUGCUCCACCAGCAGGCUGCAGCACAGACACACUCCGACGGCGAGGCGAGGCGAGGACACGCGAGGACACGUCAGGACACAGAGGAGCUCCGCAGGUGGUGCACAGUUGCUGAAACACUUCGAUUAGAAACGAUUGAGUCAGAAAAAACGAAAUGAUGAGCUAAAACAUAAUAUUCCACCCAGCUGAUGGAGACUGCAGAGGUUCAUGAACUUUACGCAGAGAAGCAAGUUCAUUACGGGCACAAGCUUGAUACAGUGUUGAUGCUGUACGCCCGUUUGUUAUCCCCGGUGUGUAGUCUGGAAGCACUGAGUCAUCAGAGAGGACGCUGUCUGAAUCGGACCCGCUCCCCGACAGAGACAUGUCGUCCUCAUCAGGGCCUGAGCCUAGGUGCGGGUCCUCUGCUGCAGUCGCCAUCCUCCAACAGUUGAAAAGGAUCAGGCAUGGAUGCUUAAAUGGCGAGAGAAGAAUGAGACAGAAGUCAAAGACCCAAGGUAAAGAAAGACGACGCCAUAUUAGGACAAAAUCAAGGGGAGCUGUAAAAGCGAGAGACGCAAAAUGAAGACUUUGGGCAAAGUGCAAGGCGGGACUGAACGGCUCUUGAGAUACAGCGUUGAUAAAAUUUCAGAUCCCAUUCGGGAGAAACUCUUGUCUGAUGAAAGCACCCAGGACACCAGGACACAUUUCAAGUGGGCUAGAAAAUCCAGUGUGGCUGCAGGAAGCAAAGGAGAGUCGUACUCUGUGGCGGGCAGUGACGGCAGUGUCACGCCAUCAGGGGGCUCUGUGCCCCACCACGCCUCAGGCAGCUCCAGCCCCUGUUCACACUCCCCGUCAGGAGGGUCACGGCACCCUGUCAGUGCCCUGAAGAAAUGGCUCACCAACCCUGUACGCAAACUGAGCUCUGAUACCAGAGGAGGAGCAGGAAAAGUGGAGAAGCAGAUGUGCAGGUCAGACAGGAGGCCGCCGCCAUCGCCUCCUUCCCACAAUGAAGCUCAGCCGCGGUCUCUGGAACCGCACGUUAACCACAACAUCCUCCCCUCUGGAGACAUGAUGUGGAGAGACAGUCUGUCGAGUCCAGCAGCUCCUACACAGCCGUCCCGUCAGAGCUACUUAUCUGACCUGCUGCAAGGCAGAGACACACUGAGUCUGAGUCAAAAAUCCAGCAUCAACACUCUCCAAGGCGAAGACAACUGUGCCGUGACUGAUGAUACAGGCAGUCAGUGUUCGGCCACAGUGGACAGUGAAGAGGAGAGAAACAUGGCCUUAGAGAAGAGCAUAUACGUUCUGACAGAGCUUAUAGAGACAGAAACGCUGUAUGUGGAAGAUCUUGGACUCAUAGUGCAGGGCUACAUGGCCACCAUGGCUAAUCAGGGAGUUCCAGAGGACAUGAAAGGGAAGGACAGGAUUGUGUUUGGAAACAUUCACCAGAUCUACGACUGGCAUAAGGAUUACUUCCUGGGAGAGCUGGAGAAGUGUGUGGACGAUCCAGACAGCCUGGCCAAGCUCUUCAUCAAACAUGAACGACGUCUUCACAUGUAUGUGGUUUACUGUCAGAACAAACCAAAGUCAGAGCACAUCGUCUCUGAGUACAUUGAGAACUACUUUGAGGAUCUCAGGCAGCAGUUGGGUCACAGGCUGCAGCUCAACGACCUGCUCAUCAAGCCUGUUCAGAGGAUCAUGAAGUAUCAGCUUCUGCUGAAGGACUUCCUGAAGUACUACAGUAAAGCAGGAAGGGAUGUUGAGGAGCUGCAGAUGGCUGUGGAGGUGAUGUGUUUUGUGCCAAAACGCUGUAAUGAUAUGAUGAAUGUUGGCAGGCUCCAAGGUUUCGAGGGUAAAAUCACAGCUCAGGGGAAGCUGCUCCAGCAGGACACCUUCUCUGUCAGUGAGCAGGAAAGUGGCCUCAUGUCCAGGGCGAGGGAGCGGCGGGUCUUCCUGUUUGAGCAGCUGGUCAUUUUCAGUGAGCCAAUCGAUAAGAAAAAAGGCUUCUCGUUGCCAGGGUACACUUUUAAAAACAGCAUCAAGGUCAGCUGUUUGGGCGUGGAGGAGCACUCAGAGGAUCUAUGCUGUCUGGUCCUCACCUCCCGGGGGAAUGACGGUAGUGUGACACGUUUCAUCAUGCAGGCAUCAUCUUCGGAAAUACAACUGGCCUGGCUCAGUGAUGUGGUCCAGAUUUUAGACAAUCAGAGGAACUUUCUAAAUGCCCUUCAGUCCCCGAUAGAGUACCAACGCAGAGAAAACAAGUCAAACAGUCUGGGCAGAAACAUGAAAUCUCCAACCGCGUCAGCUCCUGGCCUGCGACCUCAGUCGUCGGCAUCCAUGGACCGACGCCAGCAGCCCUGCCUGUUGUCUUACAACACCUCCCUGCCGUCUCUGCAUCCGCCCCAACACUGCCCUGCUUUGAAGGCGGUUUCUAACCCUUGUGCGGUGAAACCUCGAGCAUCUCUGCCGCCGCUUUUCUCCCACCAGCAGUUUAGUUUGUACACAGAGGUGAGACACCACCGUGGGCCAUCAAAUGGUCUGCUUCCGUGCAGCCAGCACAGCAUGCAGACUUCCACAAAGAGGAGGAAAUGGUUAGAUCACAGUGCUCUUAUUAAUCAGGGCGUGUCUGCCAAAUUGCAGGCGACCUUCUUUAAGGCUGAGGGCGGGAUUUAUUCGGCACAUCAACCAAUCAACCUGGAUCAGCUCACGGAGAGCGAGCAGUAAUGCCCUGCGAUGACGCAUGACUCUCUUUACCCUCCAGGAGUAGGACUGAGCUGCUGAGUGCUUUGUCAGCAUAGUUUGACUGCUUCACUCCUGUACAGAAGUCAUCGAGGUAUUAGCGUCCGCACAUUGUGUCCCAGAUUUCCUUCCAGGUUCCCUUCAAAUACCACUAUGGUGCAGGCUUAUCUGAUGUUGGUUUGUGUUCAUUGUGCACACACUGCAUAUACACGUCUUCAGAUGGUGGUAACAUUAGAUGAAAUGUGAAAAUAUUGUUUUGAAGCACCACAGACUACGUCUACUUCAUAUUGGUUAUGUAUGCAUUUCUUACUUUUUUUCCAUUAAAGUUUCCUUGAUGAAUAUUCUUUGUAAUAGAUAAUAUUUUUCACAACGGACCCAAUCCACUUUAUUCUCCCAGAGAACUGGGUUCUUAACUCCAUGAACACAGUCGUACUCGGGGUCCUCAAAUGACUGUAGCGUUGAAUUCACCGGGUGGCUGCAGAUUCCGGCUUCACCGUGGGAUCUGUAUCCAUGUGAGUUUUCAUGCAUGUGUGUUCAGUAAAGAUUAACGAAUAGCUUGUGUUUUCCCAUUGGUGGGCUAUUUUGAUCCAGCCAUUGUUUGUGUUAUCUGAACUAAACACACAUACACAAACACGAACCACAGCGUGUGUCAAAAUCAAGCAGAAAGAAGACAAAGGGAACAAAGAUAAUACAGAGGUGCUCAUAUGUCACUGUCAUCUUGAAUGUAAAUAAUCUCACGUGGAAUCAUAUCAGUAAAACUCUGUCUUGUUACGUCCUGAUACACAUACAGAAUUAAAAAAAGAAAUAUGCUGGUUA